AUGCGGCCCUUAUCUUUAUUCCAGGUUGCUACGGCGUCGGCAUCGGUCGUUAUUCCUAAUAUCCCACGCGCUCCAACAGAGGAACUCGAACCAGCACCAACCCUCUUCAAAAGGCUAGAAUUUCAAGAGCCCUGCGCUGAAGUCUCGGCUUCAUGGGCUGCACUUGCACCUGAGGCAACCGGGGCCGUGUAUGUCCCCGCCAGUGUUGCAUAUUCGUGCCUGCAGUCGGUACCUGUAGACGUCGAAGGGGAUCUCAAACAGAUCAAAGAGCUUAAGAAUUUCAUCGAGUUCCAGACGAAUCUCAACUAUGUCAAGGACGGUAUCAAAACACAUAACGAAGAACCCAUCGAUGUCAGAGGAUCGCUCGAUGAAAUUGCUGCAGACAUUCAAAAAGGAUCCUACAAGAGCGAUUACGAAGUGCAGCUUGACCUCCACAGGCUCUUUCUUAGUGUUGGCGAUAACCAUUUCAACUGGCUUUCGGAUAUCCUUACAGUCCUACCCUUCGUAAGGGCGGGUGGUGUCCUUGUCUCACUUUCGCAGGACUACACCAGCCUUCCUGACGUUUUCCUCAACUCAGAUUUGGCUAUGGCAGCCAAGUUCAACUAUACCCCAUCGCCUAUAAAGACCGUGAACGGCAAGAACGCAACUGAGUACUUGAACGAAAUUGCCUCGCAAGCCAACUAUCACGAUGCCGAUGCUCGGUACAAUAGGCUGUUUCCCAAUCAGGCUCGAAGAUCUAUUGGACUCUCGGCUGAUGAGGAUGGUCCCUUUGUAAGAGGAGAAUACGAUGGCGCCAACACGACGUUUGUCUUCGUCAACGGCACCACCAAGACAAUCCCUAAUACUGCUCAAAUUGCAGCAUCCACAAACUUUACCGAUGUCAUUGAUGGGCCGUCUUUCUUCAAACAGUUCUGUCAAGGUGUACUAGACACAACAGAGGAGCUUGAGAGCAUGCCUACCACCACUGCUGCUGCCCUACUCAACGCCACUUCUACCUCAACUGCUUUAUCUAAAACACUGCCGCGACCCACAGGAUACCCAAGUCCUGUCAUCGUGCAGAGCUCGCUUGCUCUUCAAGGAUACUACCUCAACGGCAGUGGCUACGACGAUGUCGCAGUUCUUGCAAUUCCAGAAUUCGGCCCAACGCUCGGCCUAGGUACUAAUGAAACCGACCCAGCAGUGGAGACUCAAAAAGUACUCAGAGCCUUCCUAGCCGAUGCGAGGUCAAAAGGAAAAAAGAAGCUCGUUGUUGACCUUAGGGGCAAUGGGGGUGGGACUAUCGUUGUAGGCUUCGAAGUCUUCAAGCAGCUGUUUCCUGGCAUCGUGCCUUAUGGUGCGUCACGAUACAGAGCGCAUGAGGCGUUUGAAGUCUUUAGCGCUGCCAUUGCCGACUUCGUGACGAAUGCGACCCUUGCUAAUGAGAACCCUGUUCUGUAUGAGACUAUCUACAAGAAUGCUGGCACCUUCGACUUCCAGAACGUCUUGAAUGUUAGCAACCAGCCAUUUCAGAGCUUUAGGGACUACUAUGGUCCUUACACUAACAACAAUGACACCUUCAUUGCCGCUCGCCGAUACAAUUUCUCGAACCCUAAUGGUGGCUAUCCCUAUGAUGGCCUAAAUCUCACUGGCUACCUUUCUAACUCUGAAACCUCUCCUCAACCCUUUGAAGCCGAAAAUAUCGUCAUCCUUCAGGACGGGAUGUGCUCAUCCACCUGCUCCAUCUUCUCUGAGCUCAUGCGAGAGCAAGGUAAAGUCCAAACCAUUGCCAUCGGCGGUCGUCCUAUCAACGCCCCCAUGCAAGGUAUUGGCGGGACCAAAGGCUCUCAAGUUCUCUCAUUCCCCUCUCUUAUUCAAUUAUUGGCCCUAGCUGUCAACUUCACCCAGCAAGUCAUUGGUGUUUCCACAGCGGAGCGUGUCAACGCCACUGCGGUUGGAAAUAUCAUUGCGACUGAACAGCUCUUAAUACGAUCUGCUCACACCAACCCCGAUCUUCCCAUCUUCGGUCGCGUCAAUUCGCUCGAUAAUCUUCGAAUGAACGACUCCAGCGAGACACCUUUGGAAUUUGUUUACGAGGCGGCAGACUGCAAACUAUUCAACACCUUUGACUCCUGGAAAGAUGUCACGAAGCUGUGGAAGGCUUCCGUUGACGCUAAAUGGGGCAAAGGCCAGUGCGUGUCAGGUAGUAUGGGGGACAAAAGUUCUCUGAGCAUAAUGGGCAACCAACCCUUCAAUCUCCAAGGGAAGGAACAAGGAAACUCUACACAGCAGUUCCAGGGGGCGGCUUCGGGAACAAAGGCCUCAAGUUUCAUGUUUGUUAUUGUAUCGCUCAGCGUUACGCUGUUCUUGUUGUAA